GAAACUUCUUUCAAAUCUAGGACAGCAGCAGAGAAGAAAAACACAAACUCAACAGCUGAAUGGGAAAAAUCACGAGAAUGGCAAAAUGGAAAUUAUCAUUUUUUGAUGAAGAAAUUAAGAUACAAAAAUCUUAAGGUUUUAAAGAUGUUGUAGAAGUUUAAGCUUGAGACUCAUUUAGUGCUGCUACUACUGUGUCUAAUAGGUUAUUGGGAAGUUGUUGUCUUAGUUUUACAAUAUGGAUUUCUUGUAUCAUUUUCAAAAGUUGUGCCACGUCGAAACGAGAAGAUCGAUUUUAGCUGUAGGGAUUGUACUAGCUAUUGUUUUAGUUUAUCAAUCUUCGACCCUCCCUGAUGGGGAUGCAUUGUUCUCAUUAUUUUCUUUUGGUAAGAAUUCAUUGUCACUUGGGAGAAAUAGUUCAUUGGUUGAAGAUUCUACGAUGGUUAGUAAUAACUCAAAGGCAAUGAAUUCUUCGAUAGUGUUAGAGGGGUUAAAUAAUACUGAGGUUUCUGUAUUGGGGAACAAUGAUAAUCUCACGAAUGGAACUCAAGGAAUGGAUGAAAGCCUGAAGAAUGACUUUGAACAGCCAAUUAGAGGUAAUAGUUCAGUUAAUGAUACUUCAAGUGAGAAUGUUGCAGUUGUAGAUAAUAACGAUACCGGUUUGGGGAAUGCCACAACUCAAGAUACUGGUUAUAGUCUAGAUAAGGCAAGAGAACCUGAAUCCGCCCUUGCUCCAAUGCAAAUAUCAGAUUCUGGUUUUACAGAAGGGAAUGUUGGAUCUCCAGAAGUUAGUGUUUUAUCUGUACCACCUGAAGUAUCGCUUUCAUUGUCUUUGAAUAGCAUGACUCUGCCGAAUUCUUCAGUGGGAAGUGGUCAAAGAUCAGAUUCUGGUUUUACAUUAGGAAAUGUUGGAGCUCCUGAAGUUAGUGUUUUAUCUGUACCACCUGCAGUAUCGCCAACAUUGUCUUUGAAUAGCAUGACUCUGCCGAGAGAUUCAGAAGGAAAUUUAAGCACUUCAGAGGAGAAACAGGCAACUCCAAUGCAAUCGAGUACUAGUUCGGUUACUUCAGAUAUUAACCUUACAAAGUUUCAUGAAGCCAACAUCAAGAAAGGAUGGGCACCACGGACAUCUUUGUCUAAGAUGUACAGUUUAUUGCUUCAGAGUCGAAUUUCUUCUCACUCCGUGUAGAAACCGCAAUGGCCUUCAAAAUGUGAUGAUGAACUUCUCUAUGCAAAAACACAAAUCGAGAAUUCUCCAAUUAUAAAGGAAGAUAAAGAUCUUGACCCCAACAUUUAUCGAAAUUUUUCAAGAUUCAAAAG